CAUGUCAGUCAUCCUUCAAUCACCUCCUGUAAGCAUCAAACCCAAAAGGCCAAAACCGCCAGCGCAAGGAAGCCCUCUGCGGCUCUGCCUCCGGUUUCCCAUGCUGUGUAGCAUAUAAGCAUCACUACCGGCUCAUCCAUUUCUUCAAUCCACAAAAUCAUCCCUUAGCAUAUAUCUCGUUCUUUUUGGAUCUUACCUAAUUAAUUGAUUGAAUCCAACCAAAGAAAUAUCUCCCGUUUAUUAGUUAUUUAAUAUUCACUCCAAGAUCAUCAAAGAGGCCGCCAAGAAUCAUCCUAAGAGAAGAAAAGAGAUGAGUUCAACAAGCAGGGCAUGGAUGGUGGCAGCCACGGUUGGGGCAGUGGAGGCGUUGAAAGAUCAGGGGUUCUGCAGAUGGAACUACGCCCUCAGAUCCCUCACCCAACACGCCAACCGCAAUUUCAGGUCCUUUGCUCAGACCAGCAAGCUCUCAUCUUCGUCUGUCGCCAGCGACAACAAAUUUAAGAGAGAGGAGAUGGGGAAGCAAUCGGAGGAGUCACUGAGACAAGUGAUGUACUUGAGCUGUUGGGGUCCCAAUUGAACCCUCCCACCGGGGAAUAUUAGAGCCCUACGGAUUUUUAUUUUUAUUUUUUUUAAUCUCUAGAGCUCAUCCGGCCACGGCGCGUGACCUAGUCCGCAGUGUGGCUGCGUUGUAAAAAUAUAUAAAAUUUGUAAUAUGAUUGCUGCAAAAUGGAAAUUUUGAACAUUGAUGUUUCAGAUUA